UAUCAAAGGUACCAUCACCCACUCACUCCCUCGACCAGAGCAUCACACCAGCCAUGUCGCUGCCUCUGCUCAACAGGGGAGCCUCCCACCUCAGCCGCAGCAGCCCGAUCGCAUCGACUUCCCGCCUCACCCUCACCUCUCCUUGCUCUUCGCCGAAUCAGCAACAAUGUCGCAACUCCCACAUCGGAUCCGCACCCAUCUACCUCUCCCCCAACACCACUCUCACCGUACAACCCUAUCCUCCUCACCCAAAUCCAGCUAGGCCACUUAGCCCAGCACUACAGACGGCUCGAUCUGUGCUAGUCAAGGGACCCUUGGGAGAGUGUCUCGUGCCGCUGCACAAGGGCGUAGACGUCUCCCGCGUCGCUCCCGUAGCGCAAGGCAGCACACCAUCAUCAUCAGCAGCUACCCCUUCCGAGUCUGAGCCCGCACGGUACGAUGUGGUGAUCCAGUCCAGUUCCUCUGUGCGUGCCAAGAAGCUCGUCUCCUUUUGGGGUAUGACCCGCGCCCUAUUGCAAAACGCCGUAGAGGGCGUCUCUGAGGGUCACUCCCUCGCUCUACGCCUCGUCGGUGUCGGUUACCGAGCCGCGGUAGAGGCCGAUCCUACACCACGGUUGAGCAAAUUGCAAGCUGCGCUCCAGGUCCCCGGAGCAAGGACUUUCUUCACAUCAAAGGAGCAGGAGACAGCUUAUAGGCUCUUGGCACAGAGGGAAGAUGCGAUGCAGGGAGGGGCAGGAGGGACGGACAAGCAGCAGAGAUUGGUCUUGAGGUUGGGCUACUCGCACCCUAUUAGCAUGCCAGUGCCAAAGGGACUUACCGUGGCCACGCCUCAGCCGACGAGAAUCGUGGUAAAGGGAGUGGACAAGGAGGCUGUAGGACUGUUUGCUAGUCAGAUUAGGGCUUGGAGACCACCUGAGCCUUACAAGGGUAAGGGUGUCUUCGUCGGAGGAGAGACGAUCAAGCUCAAGAGCCCAAGGAAGAAGUAAGGGGCAAUGCGCACAAAAUUAUGGAGCCAAUCAGCAUCAUCAGAAGACGCACUUGUCGUAGGAAAGCACACAAGAGGC